GAGCGCGAGCGCGGCGCACGUGCGCGGAGCGCGCUUCACUCGGCAGAGUUCGCAAAAUUCAAAUCCAGUUCGAAUCGAUCGCGAGACGCAGCGCUGCUCACCGGCGGACCUGCUCGCGCGCGCGACCCGCACAGCACGAGGCGACCGAUAAGACUCACGGACGCGACUGGAGACGUUUCAAGGGUCGUUUUUCCCCCUUGUUAUUAUUAUUUAUUAUUAUUUUUAAAAUGUCCUGUACGGAUUUAACUUCCUCGCUUCUCACAUUGUUUUUUUUUUUGUAAACGGAGACAUUUCUUUUUCAGCGUAACGGUUUUGUGAAGGCGGUUUUUUCAGCCUGUUUCCUGUUUAUUCCUGCGAUCGACUGGAAAGGAAGGAAAGAAAGAAAAGAGAAAAAAAGAGGUGGAAAAAAAACCACCCAGAGCGCGUGACCACCGCCGCCGCCGCCGCCGCUUCUGUUUCCUUCUCGCGCGCAGUUUCGGGCGCGAUGGACCGGCGGCCCCCGCAGUUAACCCGGAGCGGAGGAGAAAGUGCGCGAGCUCACCGGAAACGAGCGAGGAUGCACCUGCUCCACUAGACAACGCGGUCUGGUGUAGUGAGAGGAGCACACAGGCGAGUUGGAGUUGAUCUGGAGAUCUGGAGUGAGAGAAUUAUCACUGGGAGGAUGGAGAUGAGGUGGAGGUCUGCAUGGCUCUUGCAGCUCAUCCUCCUGGUCAUUGUAGUGAUGAUGUCAUGCCGACCAGUGUGUGGUGGUACCCAGAAUUCAAGGGCAAGCACAGGUCAGUACCAGGUAAAGCAGGGUACGUGUGAGGUCGUGGCGCUGCAUCGCUGCUGCAAUAAGAACCGGAUCGAGGAGCGCUCGCAGACCGUCAAAUGUUCCUGUUUCCCUGGACAGGUUGCUGGAACGACCCGCGCUCAGCCGUCCUGCGUGGAAGCGUCCAUCGUCCUGCAGAAAUGGUGGUGUCAGAUGCACCCGUGUCUGGAUGGGGAGGAGUGUAAAGUUCUGCCAGACCUCACGGGAUGGUCCUGCAGCACGGGCAACAAAGUCAAAACCACCAAGGUCACGCGAUAGCGAGAACACGGCUGCCCCCAUGGCUCCAGGAGACCUAAGACUCUUGAACAUGGAUUUCUAUUCUGGGAAAAGUAGCCCGAUUACUCUGGAUAUCACCCAGACUGGGAAUUUAGCACACGAUGGAUGGAUGGAUGGAUGGAUAGAUGGAUAUACCAUGUUAUAAACUCACAGUGAUGAAAAGACAUGAUGAUGGACCACAUCUAUUUAUAUAAAAACAUAAAUCUAUAUAAAUAUCCAGUGGUGGAGGAUGUGGGCGGAGACUUCUCUAACCUAAACUCUUGAACUCCUACAGGAACGUAGCAGAGUUGCUUUUUUUUGGGGACUACAUGGAUGACCUUGGCGUCCAUACGUGUGUGUGUAUAUGCGUGUGUGUGUGUGUGUAUAAAUGCAUAUAGCCGUGUGUUUGUGCAUGUAUAUAUGUGCAGACAUGCACUUGUGUGCAUAUAUAUGUGCUUGUGUGUGUGUGUGUGUGUGUGUGUGUGUGUUUGUGAGCAAGCCAAGAAAAUCUCCAAGGUUCAAAGCGGCGAGCUCAUAUCCAUGCGAGACCGCGGCGUCAGUCACAAAGUCUUUUCAGACUUCUAAUUAGAGAUGCUAAACAGGAUCAUAACAAUGUAAGAUAUUAGCACUUGUUGGAAAUCAGUUUUGAGAAUAAUUUUGUGUUUGUCCAGAUAGUUCCUUAUCUUCAUGUACCACGAGGUCCUGAGGGAAAUGCGAUGCAUGUCGCUGUUGGUUGGACGCUGAUCAAAUACAAAGACUUCUGUGAUGGAAAAAUGAUCUUAAUGUAACUUAACCAGUCUCAUUUUCUUUUUUGGGACAUUUAAAACACUCACAGAUGAUGAUUAUCUAUGAAACAUACAAACUACACAUGUACCCUUAAAACUCAUCCUUCUUUGUUUAGUUAUUUUAUUUAUAGCCCGGCUCAUAGCGCUUUUCAACUGAACAGCGUAGCACGACACGGCUCGGACAAAUUCGAAGUCUGUCUGUCUAUUUUUCAUUACAUAACACUGUAAAUAAAGAAGGGUCUUUAAGGAGGGUUGUCGUGUGGUGACCAGUGAUAUUUUACAAGAAGUAAAAUACUACUCAAAAUUAAAAAAACAAAACAAUUAAACUAGGCAUAUCUCAUUUUAUGCUAUCAUGUGACAUGUGCCUCCAUAACAGGCUAAACCGUUUAGCAUGAGACACAGCGAAUGCAUACAAACAAGGUCAGGGGUGCCAAUACUUUAAAAAACCAUGUGUGCCGGGUUUAUCAGAUGAAUCUGGAACAGUGUGCAUGUAGGGCACUAUUUCAUUUCAUUUUGCCCUUAUGUUGUACCCUAUGUAGUGAGCCCACAAAGUGAACGUGAAGCUGUUCUGGAUUCUGGAUGAUUUGAAGAUGGACAAUUUAACUAUAUCACAGGGACGUAAUGUAAAAGCAAGCUAAAUAGUGACAUUUAAAAAACUGUUGUAAUGUUCACUGUAUUAUGUUAUCAUGUUGCUUUAAAAAUGAGGAAAAACAAUUUAGCAGACGACCGUGCUGAAACUCAUUCUCGUACUGUCCGUUAGAAAAAAAACGUUCUAUCAAGAGACAUAGGAAGAUUAAAUUCUGGCUCCACCCAUAAGUCCUGGCUCGGACCUCGUGGUACCUGGAUGAGAAAGGUAACCAAAUUCCAAAGCGGCAGUAGAAAUUGAGACACCGUUAAUCAUGGGAUCUUGGUUAAUUUGCCGAGCCAAGCUGUACCACAGUGUUCGGUGGAAAAGCGCUGUAAUGUCCUAUCUAGUCCGUGUUGCACGGUUCGACUCCAAUUUAUCACAGGGUAGAAAGAUACAACACUUACAGGGGCAGUUUGCUAUUUCUGGAGCUCUCUGCUGGCUGAAUUUCAGCUGCAGUGACCAUUACAAACAUGGACAUGUCUUCCAUUUUCCCACCUCAUUUUAAGAAAAAAGAGUAAAGUUGAGACAAGUAGCUGUGCCCUGGACGGGACACAGCGUUAUUGCCGGGUCAGAAAAAUCGAAACCGAAUCCCUAAACAAAGAUUGUAAUGAAAUCCACUGCAUGACAACUUUGAAAAUCAUAGUUUUUUAAUGUAUCUUUGAAAUUAUAUGAUUAUAAUACUAUAUGGUCUAGAAACACUUUUAAACCUAACAAAAGGAUCUAAGUGUUUUGAAAAACCAUAAUGUGUGCCCAAUACUGCAUUAUAAUAAAAGUUCCACUUCAAACCAGCAUCUUUUUCCGUGAAUUUUCCUCAGUGUCAUUAAUUAAUUAGUCAUCGCUGCUGUGUGCCAGACAGCAGAGCUUUAGUCUAAUAGAGCUUUCAUUUACUGGAGCCGGUUUUGACCUUGCACACUGCCGCGUCUGACUUUGAUUGAUCUGCGUUUGGUUCGCUGACAAGAUGGAGUAGAGGUGCUCUGUUUCUCUGC